GCGGGGCCGGGCCGGGCAGGCGGGCGGAGCCGGCGCAUCCCUGGAUGCUGCAGCCCGGAGCCGCGACCGCGCCCGCGGCCCCGCCGCCCGCCCCCAUGGCCGACGUGGCCGAGCUGGAUAACAUGGACGUGCAGACGCAGAACAACAACAGCCGGUGGGAGAGCGGUGACCCCCGCGCCUGGGACGACACCACCGCCACUGCCAAGCUCUUCGAGUGCUCCCGCAUCAAGGCCCUCGCCGACGAGCGUGAAGCCGUGCAGAAGAAAACCUUCACCAAGUGGGUGAACUCGCACCUGGCGCGCGUCUCCUGCCGCAUCAGCGACCUCUACACCGACCUGCGGGACGGCUACGUGCUCACCCGGCUGCUGGAGGUGCUGUCAGGGGAGCAGCUGCCCAAGCCGACGCGGGGCCGGAUGAGGAUCCACUCGCUGGAGAACGUGGACAAGGCGCUGCAGUUCCUCAAGGAGCAGCGCGUGCACCUGGAGAACGUGGGCUCCCACGACAUCGUGGACGGCAACCACCGCCUGACGCUCGGCCUCAUCUGGACCAUCAUCCUGCGCUUCCAGAUCCAGGUGAUCAAGAUUGAGACGGAAGACAACCGGGAGACGCGAUCAGCCAAGGACGCGCUGCUGCUCUGGUGCCAGAUGAAGACGGCAGGGUACCCCGAGGUGAACAUCCAGAACUUCACCACGAGCUGGCGCGACGGCCUGGCCUUCAACGCGCUCAUCCACAAGCACAGGCCCGACAUCAUCGACUUCGACAAGCUGGCCAAGUCCAACGCCACCUACAACCUGCAGCAGGCCUUCAACGCGGCCGAGGCGCACCUGGGCCUCACCAAGCUGCUCGACCCCGAGGACGUGAGCAUGGAGAACCCGGACGAGAAGUCCAUCAUCACCUACGUGGUCUCCUUCUACCACUACUUCUCCAAGAUGAAGGCUCUGGCCGUGGAGGGGAAGCGCAUCGGCAAGGUGCUGGACCACGCGGUGGAGGUGGAGAGGCUGGCGGGGCGCUACGAGCAGCUGGCGGGCGAGCUGCUGGAGUGGGUGGAGCACACCGUGGGCCUCAUCAGCAACCAGAAGUUCGCCAACUCCCUGGCCGGGGUCCAGCAGCAGCUCCAGGCCUUCACUGCCUUCUGCACCCUCGAGAAGCCGGUCAAGUUCCAGGACAAGGGGAACCUGGAGGUCCUGCUCUUCACCAUCCAGAGCGAGCUGCGCGCCAACAACCGCAAGCUCUACGUGCCCAGCGAGGGCCACGGCAUCGCCGACAUCAACAAGGCCUGGACACAGCUGGAGAAAGCGGAGCACGAGCGCGAGGUGGCGCUGCGGGAGGAGCUGAUCCGGCAGGAGAAGCUGGAGCUGCUGGCGCAGCGCUUCGACCACAAAGCCGCCAUGCGGCAGACCUGGCUGGGCGAGAACCAGCGCCUUGUCUCCCAGGACAACUUCGGCUACGACCUGCCAGCGGUGGAGGCGGCCAUGAAGAAGCACGAGGCCAUCGAGGCCGACAUCUCGUCCUACGAGGAGCGCAUCCAGGCCGUGGUGGAGCUGGCGCUGGCGCUGGAGUCCGAGAGCUACUACGACGCGCGGCGCAUCGGGGCGCAGCGCGACGGCGUGCUGCGGCAGUGGGGGCUGCUGCGCGAGCUGGUGCGCGCCCGCCGCGCCCGCCUGGAGCAGAACCUGGCGCUGCAGCGCGUCUUCCAGGACAUGGUGCACAUGAUCGACUGGAUGGAGGAGAUGCAGGUGCCGCUGGCGUCCAAGGAGAGCGGGAAGCACCUGCUAGAGGUGGAGGACCUGCUGCAAAAGCACGGGCUGCUGGAAGCCGACGUCGCCGCCCAGGCCGAGCGGGUUGGGGCGCUCAACGCCGCCGCGCUCAAGUUCACCAAGCUCGAGGGCUACCAGCCCUGCGACCCCCAGAUCAUCCGCAACCGCGUGAACCACGUGCAGAGCUGCCUGGAGGAGCUGCGGGCGCUGGCGGCGCGGCGGCGCACGGAGCUGGAGGGCUCGCGCGAGCUCUGGGCCUUCCUGCAGGAGCUGGAGGAGGCGGAGGCCUGGGUGCGGGAGAAGGCGCGUCUGCUGGCGGCCAAGGGCUGCGGCAAGGACCUUCGCAGCGUGCUGCAGCUGGCGGCGCAGCACAAGGGGCUGCUGGGCGAGCUCGGCGGGCGCCGGGCCCUGCUGCACCAGAGCCUCCAGCGCAGCGAGCAGCUGCUGGCGCAGGGGCAGGCGGGCGGCAUCCCCGAGCGGGCGCGGGAGCUGCGGCGCCGCUGGCGGGAGCUGGAGGAGGCUGCGGGGCGGCACCAGCAGCGGCUGCAGGAGGCGCUGGGCCUGUUCCAGCUGCGGGCCGAAGCCGAGGACCUGGCGGCUUGGCUGCGGGACGCCUUCCGCCUGGCGUCCAGCGAGGACUUCGGGCACGACGAGUUCUCCACCCGCUCGCUGCUGCGGCAGCACCAGGCCGCGGCCGAGGAGGUGGAGCGGCACGGGGCGGCCGUGCAUGGGCUGCGGGCGCAGCUGGCGCACGUGGCGCCCGAGCGCCGCGAGGCGGCCGAGGCGGAGGCCCGUGUGGCCGAGGCGGAGGAGCUGUACGCCGAGGUGGCCGAGCUGGCCGGGUUGCGGCGGCAGUGGCUGCUGGACGCGCUGGCCGUCUACCGCAUGUUCGGUGAGGUCCACGCCUGCGAGGUCUGGAUCGACGAGAAGGAGCAGUGGCUCCAGCGCCUCGGGCUCCCCCGCCAGCUGGAGGACCUCGAGGUCGUGCAGCACAGGUUCGAGAGCCUGGACCAGGAGAUGAGCAGCGUGAUGGGGCGGAUCCUGGAUGUGAACCAAAUCGUGCAGCAGCUGGUGGACGGGGGCCACCCCAGCUCCACCGAGGUCAUGUCCUGCCAGGACCAUCUCAACAGCAGGUGGAACGGGGUGGUGGAGCUGGUGGAGGAGAAGAAGGCGCAGCUGGACGCGGCGCUGCGGCUGCAGAGCUACCUGCUGGAGUGCGCCGAGGUGCAGGUGCAGCUGCGGGAGAAGCGGCAAGCAGUGGAGGCCACGCGGCAGGGCGGUGGCAGCGGUGGCAGCGAGCUGGGCGGCGUGCUGGCCCUGCAACGCCGGCUCUCGGCCAUGGAGGCGGCGCUGGGCGUGCUGGAGCCCCGGCUGGCGCGGCUGCAGCAGGAGGCGGAAGCGCUGGCCACGGGCUCCGACGCCGCCGACGUGCUGCUGCCCUUCGAGGAGCUGCGGGAGGAGUGGGAGGCCCUGACGCAGGCGCUGCAGGGCUGCGAGGACGCGCUGGCCGUGGCCGGCCGACUCCAGCGCUUCAUCCAGGACCUGGACGACUUCCUGAGCUGGCUGGUGCGGGCGCAGGCGGCCGCGGGCACCUCGGAGGUGCCGGGCAGCCUGGCCGAGGCAGAGCGGCUGCUGAGCCGGCACGCGGCGCUCAAGGAAGAGAUCGGGCGCUACGAGGAGGACUACGCCCGGCUGCAGGCGGUCAGCGACCUGCUGGCACUGGAGGAAGCCGACGCGGCCUGCGUGUCCCUGCAGCAGUGGCUGCAGAAGCUGGAGCUGGGCUGGAGCAAGCUGCUGCAGCUGUGGGAGGCGCGGCGCGAGGUCCUGGUGCAAGCCCACAUCUUCCAGCUCUUCCUGCGCGACGUACAGCAGGCCCAGGCCUGUCUCUGCAGCCAGGAGUCGACGCUGGCCGGCGCGGAGCUGCCCGACACGGCGCAGGGGGUGGAGGCGGCCAUCAAGCAGCACCGGGACUUCCUCACCACCAUGGAGCUGCACCAGCAGAAGACGGCGCUGGCGCUGCAGGCGGGCGAGAGCCUGGUGCGCCAGGGCAGCCUUUAUCGCCCGCGUGUCGAGGAGCACAUGGGAGCCCUGCGGGCCAAGAGCCAGCGCAACCAGGAGCUGGCCCAGGCCUGGAUGCAGCGUCUGCAAGACCACCUGGAGCUGCAGCGGUUCCUGCAGGACUGCCACGAGCUGGAUGCGUGGAUGCGCGAGAAGAUGCUGAUGGCGCGCGAGGCCGGCCGCGACGAGGCCCCCCGGCUGCGCCAGCGCCGGCUCCGGCACCAGGCCUGCCUGGCCGAGCUGGCCCAGAACAAGGAGUGGCUGCAGAAGAUCGAGAAGGAGGGGCAGCAGCUGAUGCAGGAGAAGCCAGAGCUGGCAGGCUCGGUGCAGCAGACGCUGGGCGAGCUGCGGCAGUGCUGGGCUGAGCUGGAGAGCACGACGCAGGCCCAGUCGCGGGAGCUGUUCGAGGCCAGCCGGGCCGAGCGCCUGGCACGCAGCUUUGCUGACCUGGACCGGCGACUGCUGCACCUCGAGGACCAGCUGCAGGCCACGGGCGCUGGCCCCGACCUCACCUCCGUCAACUCCCAGCUCAAGAAGCUGCAGACGAUGGAGACGCAGGUGGAGGAGUGGUGCAAGGAGGCCGGGGAGCUGCAGGUGCAGGCAGCGGCGCUGGCACCCGAGGCGGUGGCGCAGGAGUCGGUGGGCGAGCGGCAGAGCGCCGUGGGCACCCGCAUCGUGCGCCUCAUCGAGCCCCUCAAGGAGCGGCGCCGCGUGCUGCUGGCCUCCAAGGAGCUGCACCAGGUCACCCACGACCUGGAAGACGAGAUCAUCUGGGUCCAGGACCGGCUGCCUCUGGCCACUCUGAAGGAGCACGGGGGCAACCUGCAGACGGUGCAGCAGUUCAUCAAGAAGAACCAGGCCCUGCGGCGGGACCUGGAGCUGCACCAGGCGCGGCUGGAGGAGGUGCUGGAGCGGGCGGGCGCGGCGGGCGCUGUGCCAGGCCCCGAGGCGGAGGCGGCACGGCAGCGCCGGCAGCGCCUGGCCGAGCUGUGGGUGCAGCUGCAGGAGGCGGCGGCGCGGCGGCAGCAGCUGCUGGACGUCACCUUCCAGGUGCAGCAGUUUUGCUUCGACGCGGCCGAGGUGGAGGCCUGGCUGGGCGAGCAGGAGCUGCUGCUCAUGGACGAUGAGAAGGGCAAGGACGAGCAGAGCACGCUGCAGCUGCUGAAGAAGCACCUGAUGCUGGAGCAGACGAUCGAGAACUACGAGGAGACGAUCACCCAGCUGUCCCGCCAGUGCCGGGCGCUCCUGGAGCUGGGGCACCCCGACAGCGAACAGAUAAGUAGGCGCCAGUCUCAGGUUGACCGGCUCUACGUGUCUCUGAAGGACCUGGCCGAGGAGCGCAAGGCGCGCCUGGAGCAGCAGUACUGGCUCUACCAGCUCAGCCGCGAGGUGGACGAGCUGGAGCACUGGAUCGCCGAGAAGGAGGUGGUGGCCGGGUCGCCGGAGCUGGGCCAGGACUACGAGCACGUCACGGUGCUGCAGGAGAAGUUCAUGGAGUUCGCCAGCGAGACGGGCAGCGCCGGGCACGAGCGCAUCUCGGCCGUGAACCAGAUGGUGGACGAGCUGAUCGACUACGGGCACGCAGACGCCGCCACCAUCGCCGAGUGGAAGGACGGCGUCAACGAGGCCUGGGCCGACCUCCUGGAGCUCAUGGAGACACGGGCCCAGAUGCUGGCGGCCUCGCACGAGCUGCACAAGUUCUUCAGCGACUGCAAGGACAUCCUGGCCCAGAUCGAGGAGAAGAAGCUGCGCCUGCCCGAGGUCACGGCCCGCGACGGGAAGUCUUCGGCCGGCGCCCUCCAGCGCCGCCUCGGCUCCUUCGAGCACGACGUCCAGGUGCUGGUGACCCAGGUGCGGCAGCUGCAGGAGGGGGCGGCGCAGCUGCGCACGGUGUACGCGGGGGAGCACGCCGAGGCCAUUGCGGCGCGGGAGCAGGACGUGCUGCGCACCUGGAAGGAGCUGCUGGGCGCCUGCGAGGCCGCGCGGCUGCACGUGGCCUCGGCCGCCGACCGCCUGCGCUUCGCCAGCGCCGCCCGCGACCUGCUGGCCUGGAUGGACGGCAUCCUCGGCCAGAUCCGCGCCAGCGACAAGCCCAGGGACGUGUCGUCGGUGGAAGUGCUGAUGAACUAUCACCAGAGCCUCAAGAGCGAGAUGGAGACGCGGGCGCCCAGCCUGGCCGCCUGCGUGGAGCUGGGCAAGACGCUGCUGCUCAACAAGAGCCCGGACGCCAACGAGAUCAAAGCCCAGCUGGAGAAGCUGCUGGGCAAGAAGAAGGAGAUGAUGGAGAAGUGGGAGAAGCACUGGGAGUGGCUGCAGCAGAUGCUGGAGGUGCACCAGUUCGCGCAGGAGGCGGUGGUGGCCGACGCGUGGCUCACGGCGCAGGAGCCGCUGCUCAAGAGCAAGGAGCUGGGCAACAGCGUGGACGAGGUGGAGCAGCUCAUCCGGCGCCACGAGGCCUUCCGCAAGGCGGCCGUCGCCUGGGAGGAGCGCUUCAGCUCGCUGCGGCGCCUCACCACGAUCGAGAAGCUGAAGGCGGAGCAGAGCAAGCAGCCGCCCACGCCCCUGCUGGGCCGCAAGUUCCUGGGGGACCCGACGGCGGAGCCGGGCUCGCGGGCCGUGCCGCUGCUGCGCCAGGCGCUGCACGACAAGGCGGAGGCGCGGGCCGAGCUGCUGCGGAGCCGGGCGGAGACGCCGGCCAAGGUGGAGCCGCUGGAGCCGCGCGUGGCCUACGUGCGCCACGAGCUGAAGCCGGAGCGGCUGCAGCCCAAGAUCGACCGGGUGCAAGAGAGCCUGGCUGCCGCGGCCGCCGCGCAGGUGCCGGAGCCAGCGCCAGAGGCCCCGCGGCCGGCGGAGGCCACGGCACCUGAGCCGGCGCCGGAGCCCAAAGCGGAGGUCAAGGCAGCCUCCGAGCGGCGGCGAGAGCGACGGCUGGAGCGGCAGGAGUCCAGUGAGCAGGAGACGCCGCGGCAUGACGCCAAGGCGGGCGGCAAGGCCACACUGGCCGACAUCGUGGAGCAGCUGCAGGAGAAGGAGUCGGCGCCGGCGGCCGCUACGUCCCGGGAGCGCGAGUCGCCGGCCCGCCUGCCCAGCAUGGACCUGCUGCCCGAGCGAACGCCACGGCCCGACCGGCCCCGCGCCCGUGACCGCCCCAAGCCUCGGCGCCGGCCGCGGCCCAAGGACCCCAGCCAGGGUCCCGGGGAGGCACGGCGGUCGCGCUCGGCCCCGGCGCCCAGCAGCGCGCCGCCCCCGCCGCCGCCCACCCACACGGCGCAGCUGGAGGGCUACCUCUUCCGCAAGCGCGAGCUGGAGGGGCCCAGCAAGAAGGCCUCCAACAGGUCCUGGAUCAACCUGUACUGCGUGCUGAGCAAGGGCGACCUGGGCUUCUACAAGGACGCCAAGGGGCAGGCGUCGGGCAGUACCCACGGUGGCGAGCCGCUGCUCAGCCUGGCCGGCGCGCUCAGCGAGGUGGCCAGCGACUACAAGAAGAAGAAGAACGUCUUCAAGCUCAAGACGAGCGACGGGAGCGAGUUCCUGCUCCAGGCCAAGGACGAGGAGGAGAUGCAGAGCUGGCUGACGGCGCUGUCCACGGCGGUGCAGGAGCACGCGGAGAUCGCGCGCUGGACGCAGGCGCUGCUCACCACCUCCUCCACCGACGAGGGGCUCCCCCGGCGGGAGGGCGACCGCCGCGCCAGCACCUCGGGCCGCCGGAAGUGAGGUGGCCGGCGGGACUCUUCCCCCGCCCCGCGCCAGCGGGCCCUGCGCCGGGCCGGCCGGACACCUCCCUGCGGCGCCGCGGGACUGUGCCGCUGCUAUCGCCGGCCGCCGGCGCCUCGCACAGCCCCAGGCCCAGCGGGAAAGGGCGCGGGGGGCUCCGCCAGCGCGGCCCCCCUUCCCAGCCGCCUGCUCUGGACGCUGCCCAGCCGCCCCCCCGGGUCCGGCUCGUCCUCACCGGACCGCUGCAGACGGGGCUGAGCCUGGGGCCAGCACCUGGUGCCCCCGCACCCCGGGCCGGGGCCACGGGGGCAGGCGAGCGCCGAUGCCGGCAUGGGCCCGAUUCGGGGCAUCCUUCCAGACGCCAGGUACCGGGGGUCUCCCGGCUGCCACCCGGCGUUAACCCCUCGCACGCUGGGCACGAUGACUCCGUUCCCGGCCCCCUGCUUGCCCAGCCGUCUGCCCCCACCGCCCCCCGCAGCUCCGACGUCUCCGUCCGUCCGUCCGUCCCCGUCUGUCUUUCACAUCCACGCCUCCCCCAGCCCCGCGCUCAGCUCCUGGAUGCUGGGGGGUGGGGUUUCUGCACUGCCCUCCCCGCUCCGCCCCCCCAGCGAGAGCCUGGGGGUCCCAGCGGCCCCAUUCACAAGCCAUACCGCCUGCCGCGGCUGUGCGGGGGGGCGGGGGCCGGCACCGUGCCAUGCCAGGAGGCCUCUUUUUAUGCAAUACAAAGGGGGGGGGCAGGGGGCCCCAGCCCCUUCGGGUCAUGCAAAGCCCCAGGGGGCCCAUCCUGGUCUUUUCCCAUGUGUGGGGGGGGUCCAGGCCCAGGCUGUGCUCCCCCUUGGCUGCCCGCACGGGGCCUGGACCAUGGCACCCCCAGCCCCACCCCAACACUGAUGCCUUGGGCCGGCUCCCGCUCGCCAGGACCCCCCCGGGAGUCAGUGAUUUUGGAACCGAGCCCCCCCUCUCUGCCCCCAACCCCUUUGUAAAGAUUUUAACCCCUCCCCCAGCGCCAGCGGCUGCAUGAGACGGGCAGGGGCUUCCGCGCUGUGCAUGCACCAUCCCCGCCGCCCCCCGCCCGGCCCCACGGACCCCGGGGCCCGGCCGUAGAGACCCCCCCUCGGAGCCGAGCGGCUCCGGCACUGUCCCGUAGAGCCGUCUGCGGCCGCUCCUCGCGCCUUCGCACCCAAUAAAAGGGCAGGAAAGGCCUCGACCGGCA